AAGAACAAAAUCAUUAUGACAAAUAGUAGUAUCAGUGACUCUACUGAAAGAUCAACGCCAACGCUGUGUUCAGAUCCUGUGGGAUAUAACGAAGAUGAGAAUUCUGAGACUACACUGAUUGUGUUCUUGGUUAUAUCCUCUAUUCUAGUUCUUAUUUCUGGGGCGCUGUUACUUCACAAAUUAUGGAGCCUAAGAAUGCUAAGGAAAGGCGAGGUAGACAUGGUUGUAACAUAUGCUUCUGCAGAGGAGGGUUCAAACAUCGAUCUUCUCCCGGAAAACCUUAGGAAUGGUAACGUUAUUUAUGAAGAAGAAAUCGGUGAUAAUGAUGUAGAAGAAGAGGAAAAUGUUACAGUAGAGUAUUCGAACCUUCAAUCGAUGAGGAUAUCGGUAGAGGAAUUUAUACGGAGUUUUCCAGAAAAGAAAGCCGAUCAUUCUUUGGAAAAGGAAUUUAAAGAUUUGCCUGACGGUUUAUUGGAACCAUACUCAGAGGCUUUAAAACUUGUCAACAGGAGGAAAAAUAGAUAUAAAACAAUCUACCCUUACGAUCACAGCAGAGUGGUACUGGAUAGAACGGAUGACCCAGAGAAAUCGGAUUAUAUCAACGCUUCCUACAUAGCAGGAUACAAGAAGGAAAAGGCCUACAUCGCAGCCCAAGGACCUUUUACAAUGGAAACCAUAGAAGAUUUCUGGACGCUUAUCUGGCAAACAGAUUGUACUAGAAUUGUCAUGUUAACCAAUUUAUAUGAGGGCGAAAAGAUGAAGUGCCUGAGGUAUUGGACAGAAGACACAGACACAGAAAUAGACAUAGGGCCUUAUCACAUCAAACUGGACACACUGGAUGAAUAUGACCGCUAUACUAUAAGAUAUCUUAUAGUCUCAAAAGAUAAUGAUGAAGUGAAGCGAGUAACACAGUUCCAUUUCACGACUUGGUCUGAUAAUUCUGUUCCGGAGGACUUGGCCUCUUUAAUUUGUUUCCGGAAUUUGGUGCGAAAUGGACUGACAACAUCUGAUGGCCCAAUUGUUGUUCAUUGCAGCGCCGGAAUCGGGCGCACGGGAACUUUUAUUGCGCUAGACUACAUGUUAGAUGAGGGGACUGUAGAUAAUUAUGUAGACGUCAAGUCGUACGUUGCUUCCCUCCGCCAGCAAAGAGCAAAGUGUGUUCAGACAUAUGAGCAAUACGUUUUUCUUCAUGAAGCACUGAUCGAAGGAUUGCAAAAUUCACGACAAAGCUGUUUAUCAAUACUGUAAAAGAACAUGAACAUAAAAAUGCCCAUCUGGAAUCAAUAAAAACAAUUGUAAAAUACAUAUCAAACUUAAAGACUCUCUUGUAGAAAUAUGACCAGGAGUCAUUUUUCGACGUCGAAAAAUGGCCCAUAUCCAUAAAAAUUUGUAAAUACGGUAAAACUUGUUUACGAUAAAUUAAAAACAAGGUUUUGUUAUCAAACAUAACUGCUU